UAACCUCCAGCAGCAAAACAGUUAACAGAAACAAUAAAAACAACCAAUAGGAACACAGCAACAAGUCAAUAAAAGUCUGCACAUCUUGGAACUCCUCCUCUUUCUUUGCUGCUUAACCUCCAGACACAUUUGGAGUGCAAUGGCCGAAGAAUCCCAAACUCAGAUGCCUGCCGCCGUUCAGGCUUGGCUCCGCUCUGCCCUGGCCGCGUCCCUCCCAGCUGCUCUCGAGGACUUCCAUUCUGCUCGUCCCUCAUCGCCUCUCGCUUCCCCUACUGGGGUGGAGGAUUCAGAAGCUGGCGGCUCUUCAUCUCCUCCGGCCACGGCGGCCUCCCAGAAGCGCACCUGGGGUGAGGAACCCUCCACAUCUGGGAAGGGGAAAGCCCCGUUAAAGAAGGCCCGCAGUUCGGCCCUCCCGCUGGUUUCCCCUAAUGACGACCUCACUGACUACGAGGUUAUUGACGAAUACUGCGCUGGCUCCUCUGGUCCGGUUUCCCCCAUGCGACACCAGGACUGCACUCCUGACCUUCCUAAGCUCCCUCUCAUCCCGUCCAACGCUCCUGAUCAGCCGUUUGAGGUCACGGAUGACCUGGGAACUCCGCUCUUCGACCCCAGGGCACUGCGCCACCCUCGCUCUUCGGAGUGGACUCCCUCGUCCCACAUUGCGGAGUUUUUGAGAUUUUGGAUGCGUCGCCCCCUGGACAAGGAGGUACGCCAACGGCUCCGUUCGGAAUGUCCUCGGCCCACAGUCCGGGAUAAAGUGCUGAACACGCCCGAAUUUGACCCAACUUUUGUGACUUUCUUGACCAAGACCGGCAAGGACCCUCGCAAGGGCAUUGAGUUGGGCCUACGCUCGGCUCAGGAUAAACUGUUGGACGUGUCGGGCCCCUUGACGCAAGUGUUUCAAAUGGCUGACGAGGCCAUUGUUGAUGGCUCUCCAUUGGAUCCCCACCUGGUCCGUGACUGGACUCAGAGAGCUUUAUGUUUGCUGGGAAACGCCAACUGUGCGAUAUCGUCUGAACGACGCAAGGCGGCCCUAUUUAAACUUGAUGCCAAGUUAGCCGAACUGGGCCCUAAGGAGCUGGGCGCGGACGCCAAGGGCUUGCUCUUCGGCGAAAGGUUCAUCAAAGACAUCAGCCAGCAUGUCAACCUGUUUACAUCGCUCAACAAGGCCCAGACCAACAUCAGACGCGUCUUUCGUACGGAGAGCCGUUUUUCCCCCAGAGCUGGUCGGCAGAGGGGUCGUGCCGCCAGCAGAACGGCCUCCUUUGGCUCUAGACCCCGUUUCCCGGACGCCUCCACCUCCUACCGUUCCCAGUCUCGGAUCCCUUUCUCCAGAGGUGUCUCCAGAGGCAGAGGCUACACGUCCACCAGAGGGAGAUCAGCUUCAGGUCGUCCUCCGGUUGUCUGAGGUGCUGACGCUGCUGUGGUCCUUUGCAGCGUGGUUUUGAGUUCCUGUGUUGUUCCUGACUGUCGGUUUAGCUCCUGCGCAAAGAAAGAGGAGGAGUUCCAAGAUGUGCAGACUUUUAUUGACUUGUUGCUGUGUUCCUAUUGGUUGUUUUUAUUGUUUCUGUUAACUGUUUUGCUGCUGGAGGUUAACAGUAAAGAAGGUUAAUGCAAAAUACUCGCCUCCUGUCUUUAAUAAAAUUUAGAUUAAUACUGCAC